AUGUGCUCCACUGGCAGUACAGAGGAUAUUUUGCAGCAGAUGAGCAAACUGUGGUCCAUGCUGGAUGAUCUCUCUGAAAAUGACCCUGCAGCCUACCGUACGCUUAUAGAGAAACAGAUGAAGGAAGGAGCUGAGUUCAGAGCGCCGCCCGAGCUGGACUCCUGCCUCUGCACUGAAAUACUGAAACCAAAGAAAGGCCUGCUGUACAUCAACAUAUGCGGCUGGAAACGUGUGCCUGCGCCUCAGGAUACCAGCAGGCCUUUACCAGUGUACACUGGAAAACUGGAAACAGGCACAAAUGAAGAUCAAGACUGGUAUACUGUGCUGGAUGUGGCAUUAAAUCCUGUGUUGCUGCAGGAAAGUAGGGAGAACAAAGCAGAGAUUAACCAGGUCUAUAUGCUGGCCCUGAGCUUUGCCCAGAAGCAGCUUGGGAUGACGUUAUCGCAGGAGUACAGAGUUGUCAACAGUAGCCCAAAUAGUAGCCCAGAUGAGAUGCACCGCCGGCUUGGAUUUCAGAAGUUGUCCAGUGCCCCCAAACAACCCAACACAGCUGGUCAGACACCAGCUGCCCUCCUGCAGCACAUCUCCUCCCUACAAUCAGAAAACCAAGAGGACUCUGCUCCUCAAAUUAUCUGUAGGCCUGCAGAGAAAAUAAAGAAGGAUUUGAUCCAGGUCAUCUCAGCCGCUUCUGUAGAGCCUCAGAAGCCAGAGUAUCGACUCGAGGUGAAGACCGAUGCAGCAGGAGUUCCUGACAGCGUGGAACUGACGGUGGAGCUGCCAAUGGUUUGUUCCAUGUCAGAGUGCCAGCUGAGCAUGUCCAAGGAUGACGUCUUACUGGAGGUGGAGGAUCUUUACUAUUUGCUUGUGGACUUCCCAAAAACUGUAAACGAAGACACCGCGUCUGCCAUCUUUAAUAAGAAGAAACGAAGACUUACAUUGAAAGUGAAUGUCUUGUGA